CUUGAAGUUGUCGGGGUAUGUAGAAUGUUAUUCAUACAUAAUGACUGCUGUGCUCUUCAUGACUUUAAAACUUUAAACUUUAGCGGUGAACCUGUAUGUAUGGCUGUCAAAGAGGAAAUUAUAGCCACCCACUCUCUUUCUCCUUUGGCAGAAGGUAAUAUCUUAUCAACUUGUAGCAUCAGGAAAAUCGAUGCUAUUCUUGCUACUGAAGCCAAGAAAGGGCAUGUUGAGCUGUCAACAAAUGAAUGGAAGAAGAGCAAUGUGAGCUUGACAGUAG